AUGACGAUGAGAAUGGAGAACGAACAUGCAGACCAACGGCCAGAGGAGCCAAUGACUAUUUGGGGCGCGAUGACUGCGCUGAGGAGGCAUACGAGAGUUCGCAAAUCGAUCUUAACACCGGAGUCUGAGACAGCUCCAUUAAUGGGCAAUGAAAGGGCACAUGAGGGGCAAAGUAGUGGAGGGAGUGAGGAGACAUCUUGGGAGGGGCAUGGAGAUUUUGCGGGGCUAACUUGGUGGCAUAAACCAUCUGUAUACUGGCUCUUGUUUCCAUUCUUCCUACUAGCUCUCGCAGUUGGUGGAAUCAUUGUACCAAAACUCAAUCUUAUUCUCGCCCUCGUAUGCCGAUCGUAUCUCGCAGAGAGAUCUUCUCAAGAUCCAAACUUCCUUUUCGCACCUGUGUUACUCGAAUCCGACAAUCCGCAAUGCAGGAUUCCUGAAGUACAAUCGCUGGUUACCAAGUUCAUGCUGGCUAUCACGGUCAUUACUGGAAUAAUCAGCGCCAUUAUGUCCCCAGUACUUGGGGCUUUGUCUGACCGACAUGGAAGAAAGAAGAUUCUGGUGAUCUCAAGCUUUGGUAGUUUUUUGACAGAAAUUGUUACCAUCCUUGCAGGAAAAUACCCAGAUGUUGUUUCAUACAAGUGGCUGCUUGCCGGUGCCGUGUUUGACGGUCUCUGUGGUUCUUUCAUUGCGGGAAUGGCACUCACUCAUGCAUAUGCGGCAGACUGCACCGCUCCCCCUAAAAGGGCGGUAGCUUUUGCCUAUUUUCACGCCUGUUUGUUUUCUGGAAUCGCAUUUGGUCCUCUGCUUGCUGCAGCAUUACUUCGCUUAACCGAUAGCCUGCUCACGGUAUUUUAUGUCGCCCUCGGCAUACAUACUUUCUUUAUUCUUUUCUUACUCUUCGCAGUACCUGAGUCACUCACUCAGAAACGUCAAGAGAUUGCUCGUGAAAAGCAUGCCGUUGAAGGUCUGCUUACAGCCAAUCAAACUUGGUUAAGAUCACUAAUAAGCAAGAAUCCUCUUGCAACACUCAAAGUUUUGUGGCCCACUGGUGGCGGAAAUACCAAACACGUCCGCGCAAAUCUUGUUCUACUUGCAACUGUCGAUACGAUUAUCUUUGGCGUUGCCAUGGGGGUCAUGACUGUCAUCAUUUACUACUCAGGCUUUCAAUUUGGAUGGAAGACUUCCGAGACAAGUCUUUACAUGUCGGUGGUCAACAGUACUCGAGUCUUUACUCUUGUCGUUCUCCUCCCUAUUUUUAAUUACCUCGUCCGGACUAUACCUCGUAGAAGACAGCGCAGAGAAUCAGGGCUCGUAAUACCAGAGAAUCACUCUGGCGCUGAUUCAACCGAUCUCAUUGUUAUUCGAAUAUCUAUCAUUUGCGAGAUUAUUGGAUAUUUAGGAUUCACAGUAGCCCGUAGUGGCCCGCUUUUUGUAGUAUCUGGAAUCAUGGCUUCGAUGGGUGGUGUAGGUUCUCCGACACUACAAUCGGCAUUAACCAAGCACGUACCCCACGAUCAAAUAGGACAACUUUUGGGGGCUACUGGUUUAUUACACGCUUUAGCAAGAGUUGUUUGCCCUACGAUCUUUAAUCUAAUUUACGCCCAAACUGUUGGCACCUAUACGCAGACAGUCUUUUUGGUUUUAACGGCGUGUUUUGUGUUGGCUUUUACUUUCAGUUGGUUUAUUAGACCUAAUGUUUCUCUUGAAAUCCAAACUCCGAAACGACCAAGCUCACCAGAAAUCAUGGAUAGUGUGGAUGUUCGCAAUGACGAACAAGUUGUUGGUGUUUAA